GAGGGCCAGGAACAAACAGGCUUCAAAGCUGAGGGCUUGGCUGGCGGACGGGUGCUGGGUCCUUCACCUCUGUCCCCUCUCCCUACUGGCACAUAUAAAACCCUAGUCUCACACUUGGGAGAUGAGAAGGGGAAGGUGCCUGCAGCAAGAUGGACGUGGGCAGCAAAGAGGUCUUGAUGGAGAGCCCACCGGACUACUCAGCAGCCCCCUCCCGGGGCCGGUUGGGCAUCCCCUGCUGCCCUGUGCACCUCAAACGCCUUCUCAUCGUGGUCGUGGUGGUGGUCCUUGUCGUCGUGGUGAUUGUAGGGGCCCUGCUCAUGGGUCUUCACAUGAGCCAGAAACAUACUGAGAUGGUCCUGGAGAUGAGCAUUGCGGGGCCAGAAGCUCAGCAACGCCUGGCCCUGAGUGAGCAUGCGGGCACCAGUGCCACCUUCUCCAUUGGCUCUACUGGCAUCGUCGUGUAUGACUACCAGCGGCUCUUGAUCGCCUACAAGCCGGCACCGGGAACCUGCUGCUACAUCAUGAAGAUGGCUCCAGAGAGCAUCCCCAGUCUUGAGGCUCUCACUAGGAAAUUCCAGAACUUCCAGGGUAAGCCUGAGAUGCCUCCUGCUAAGCUGAGCCAGGAGGAAGGCCAUAACACUGGCUCAGCAUCCUCUGGGGACCUGAACUUCCUAGGCACCACCGUGAGCACCCUGUGUGGCGAGGUGCCCCUCUACUACAUCUAGGACACCUCAGGGCAUGCGGAAGCCCCAAGGGGACCGGAAAGAGCCACGAGCAAAAGGUCUUUUGCAAACAGGCAGGCAGCUGCUCCUGUCACACUACAAAAACUGGCCCUAGAGAAAUGGGAACUGGGGGAGAGGUGGGAACAGUCAGAUGAGAGGUGGCUCCUAGGGACCAGGGGCUCCUACCACUAGAGAAUAAAGCAGCCUGAUUGAAAAACAAA